AUGCGCUUGCCACGGACACUGGCAACCAAUAACAAGCAGAAGAAAUGGUAUAUGGCCUCCAUCAGAGCCAGAUCUUCAACCGACUCGCAUUUAACGUCGCCUUUCACGAAACUAUCCAGCAAUGGUGGGUUCAACGCAUUGAUAUGGUCUUCAACAAUCUGGUUCCCAAAGAACAUCUCCGUGAAAAAAUCCUUGAGCGCUUUGAAGUACUGGGUAUCUUCUCGAAUGGCAGCGGUUUCCAUCGGUUGUUCGCCGAUAACACAUUCUAAGACUUCAUUGAUGAACUUCGGAUCCAGAAGAUCAACUAGCUGA